UGUAAUAGUGGGGUUUUGCCACCCUGUGUGUGCAGUGCUGUAAAUACAAAUACAGCAUGCUGAAUACGUGCCAGGUAUGAUUAGCUGGUUAAUGAAUAAAUCUCCUUCCGAUCCUGGUGUUUUUACAGCUAUGGAUCCUGAUGACAUAGAAGAGCUGGCAAUGGAGUUUCAAGGGAAGACUAUUGGUGGCUGGGGCCUCGUGCAGCUUGCAGCAGGCACAGGUUUUGCUGCCUAUGUUAUGUGGGCAGGAGUUCUCAUGCCUGGCUUCCGCAGAGUGCCUUUAAAGUUACAGGUGCCAUAUGUACCAUCAAGUGCCAAGCAAGUUGAGAAUGUGAUGUCGUUGCUGAAAGGACGCUCUGGGAAGAUGGUGGAUUUAGGGUCAGGAGAUGGCAGAAUUGUAUUAGAAGCAUAUAAACAAGGCUUCAGACCAGCUGUUGGCUAUGAACUCAACCCCUGGCUGUUGAGACUCUCCAACUAUCGUGCCUGGAGGGCUGGGUGUUACGGGAAGGUUUUCUACCAACGGCAAGAUCUAUGGAAGGUAAACCUGUCUGACUGCAACAACAUCUCUGUGUUCCUAGCUCCCAGUGUGCUACCUCUCCUCGAGACAAAGCUGCUUGCAGAACUGCCGGAUGAGGCCCGGGUGGUGGCUGGACGCUUCCCCUUUCCCACGUGGAUGCCAACCACCAGUGUUGGAGAGGGUAUAAACAGAAGCUGGGCCUAUGACAUCAAGACUGUACGGCAAACAGGGCAGAACAAACCUGAGGGAUGCCCAGAAUGAGUCAAGAGCUCAGCUGCAGCUGGGGUUUACAGCCUGGACAAUAGCGUUGGAGCCUCUGCAGAUGUGUGUGCUUUUUUUAGCCCCUCAGAACUGCUCUGGAGGGCAAAUGCUGCCAUAGUGUGACUGCUCAGCUGAAUAGCCCAGCAAGCAUGGGGGAGGAGGGGGUUGCGAUGAGCA